AUUUAUUUACCUUGACUCAUACAUUGCUCCAAUCAAACCAAUUCUGAUGAAAGCAUAAUGUCAUGUCGAACACAACAAAUAUAUUGGAUUUUGUACUUGUUGGAUUUUCUGAAAAUCAAGAAGUUCAAAUUUUACACAGCAGUGUUUUCUUGAUAAUGUAUCUUUUUAUCUUGGGAGGAAAUCUUUUGAUUAUUUUUCUGAUACUGUUUAAUCAUUGUUUGCACACCCCAAUGUAUUUCUUUUUAAUCAAUUUAUCUAUUGGUGACCUUGGUGGGACAUCUGCCAUUAUACCCAAAUCUAUAAUUAAUGCCCUCAUGAAUUCUAAAUGGAUUUCAUAUUCUGAAUGUGUGACACAAUUGUUUUUCUAUCUUUCUUUCUUGUCAUCCAAUUUCUUCUUUCUCACUAUCAUGGCCUAUGAUAGAUACAUUGCUAUCUGUUACCCACUGCACUUUGCAUCCAUAAUGAAGUGGUCCAGUUGCAUUAAAAUGGCUGGAGGGGCCUGGGUUAUUGGAUUUCUGCAUGCAGCUCUUCAUACAGGAAAUAUUUUUUCAAUGCCUUUCUGCUCCAAUAUCAUCAAUCAAUUCUUCUGUGAAGUUCCACAAUUAAUCAAGCUCUUUUGUCCUGGUUCUUAUCUUGGUGAAACCUGGAUACUUAUCUUUAGUUCAGGCUUAGAAAUUGGCUGCCUUUCAUUUAUUAUCUUGUCCUAUGUGUGGAUCUUUACCACGGUGCUGAGAAUGUCCUCAAUUGAGAAAAGAGAAAAGGCCUUCUCCACUUGCAUCCCCCACAUCAUUGUGGUUUCCCUAUUGGUUGGCAGUAGCCUCUUGGCUCACCUGAUACUACCUGCUAAUUCUCCAUCCAGACUGGACCAAGUGUUUACCACACUAUAUGCAGUUGUGCCUUCUCUAAUGAAUCCAAUAAUCUACAGUAUGAGGAACAAAGAUGUCAAAAUUGCCUUGAGGAAAUUGGUUGGUUGACAAUUAUUCUAGCAAAGAAUUAUAAUUUCUCUUUGAUGCACCAAUUUCUUCAUUACCUUAAAUUUGAAAUUCAGCAAACUAAGGAAUUGCAGUUAGAUGAUGGUGACUAACUAAGCAUAUUCUAUUGAAUAUACAUUAUUUGUUUGAUGUGUUAUAAAUUUUGAUUUGUUAUAUCAGACCAAAAUAAAUAUUUUAAAAUAUUCUUGUAAUACCAAGUCUGUUGGGAUUUUGAAAUGUGAUUAAUAAAUUGUUUUGAUCGGUGAUAGUUUACUACUGGCAUCCUGAAAUAUUGUGGUAAUAUGAAAUUAUAAUUAGAAACUAAAAAUAUGACUGGUUAAUAUUUAAAGAAAAUGGCAAAAAUGGGGUAAUCAAAUAAAAAUAGAAAGACUGGAUCAGUCAUGAAAAACCACACUUUUUAAUUAAGAAAAGAAUGAUCUAAGAGGGAUUCUAGUAAUAUUCCUGCCUUUGUAUGAUUUCUGCUACAUCUCAGUCCUUUAUCACACUGAUGUAUCUGACACACCACUUCUAGCACUGAGUGAUGGUUUUGCAAUCAGUAUCUCAGACCUGUUUGCUUAGUAAUAAUAAAUUUAUUCAAACAUCCAGCCAAAUUUUGAGGGAUAGCCUGGGAGCAAGAGGACUUCAUCAACUAUCCAAUUAAUCAGUAUAUAAAAUAUUGUUUUUUAUUAACCUGGGAAAAUAGGCAAAAGGUGGAAGUUAUGUAUAUAUGCUAUUUAUAAAGAACCAGUUGGAAUCAAGACUGGGAGAAUGGCCCAUUUGUUUGCAUUUUAGAAACUUGAGAAGACUACUUGUUUUGACAACAGUGUUGAUGUUAUAUAUAUUUAACUUCUUUUUAACUAUUUAUAUCUUUAAGUUAGGUGGGUGUUUGUUUUUAUUUUUAUGGCAUUUUAUAUUGUGUUUUAU